UGCCGAACUUUUCGCACUUGCGCCGGUGCGCCCGCGAAUACCAAAUUGGAGUAUUGAUUUGUUUACAAGUAGCAGUGCACGGAGAUCUCCUGAGUGCUUAUCUUGCACUAUAGCUACGUAUACCGCACACACCACAGCCUUGUCUGUCAGAGCGAUCGGGAGAUAAUAUCCUGCUUAAUUACUGCCUUCCGUGUCAGACUUUAUCAGUGGUCGGUGCCAGUUGUGAGCCGCCCCGCGAGUUUCGACGGCUCCUAAGCUAAUUACAACAGUUUGGGGCGAGUUGUUUUAUCGAUUACUUGCCCUUCCGUGCUUCGGUUCAGUGGUGUUCUCCUCAGCGCUGCGAGACUCGAUAAAGAUCUGAGAAUGUGCGACGAAAUGAUGUAUGUCAAUGGUUUUAUUCACGAACUGGGUCAUCGAUGAACUUCUGUCGGCAGACGCGGUUUAUUCGCGCGGAACACUCUAUAAUGGUUGUUUAUUUAUUGAAGCUGUAAUUCCGUCUCCCAGGCAAUGGAAAGUGCAGUGAUUGUGUUUUGAGGGAUAUUAUAAAGCAGUAGUCAUGUAUGGGAUGUUGUAUGUUGGCUCAGUGGCGGGUAACAAGGUGGCAUGGAUAGCGGCAGGCUGGAGGCGGCCCCAACCGGGGCUGUGCACCUGGACACAGUGAGGGCCCUGCACCAGACUGUAGUCUCACUUAGAACUGCACUAGAGAUAUCCAAGAAUGAACUGAAACAGUUGAAGGAGAAGUAUGAGCAGCACUCCCAUUGCCUAGAUUACGCUGAUGUUAUAGAAAAGUUGACUUUAGAGAAUCAUAUUCUGAGGCGUAGAAUAAUAGAUUCAGAUUAUGAAGAAAAGGACCCUAAUGCACAGAACAUAAAGUUGGAAGUCACUUACAGCCCUCGUUCACACAAUAUUGAAGAGUACACCAGCAGUGAAGUGGUUAUUGCAACUGCUACUGACAGGCACAGCACUGUAGAUGAACUAGACCCAAUCCCACAAGAAUCUGACGAGAACAGUAAUUUUUGUUCUAAUGAAAAUUUGGAUGAAAUACCAGAGGAUUUAGGAGAAUAUUCGGCAUCUCCAGAAUUGAAGGAGUCUGUUGAACACAGUCCAGCAGAUGAAGGUAACAACAAUACGGAGAUAGGAGAAAUCUCACAGAUCUCGAGUUUACCGAAACAGACGGAAGAAUCCGAACCUCACCAGCCAAGUUUUAAAACUAAACUAGAGCUGCUAUCAAAGUUCGAUGUUAGAAUAAAAGUCCGUACUCUAAAAGAAGGGACGAUUAUAUCUAGCACUACAUCGGACAGUGACUCUUCGGAAGACCGUAAAGCGUUUGAAAAAGAAUCAACGGUAUUUAAAACCGGCCAGCACUUUCAUGAAAAAGAAGAACAACUGGACGAUAAUAAGACAGUAAAUAUAAAGUCAUAUUCUACAGACAACGUCAGGAUGGCGGUCCCAAACGAGGCGGAUGUUAAGAGUAAAACGGACAAGUUUGACGUACAAGUGAGGAUUACGUCUGAAGAGAAUCUUGUUGUAAAAGAAAAUGUAGAGCGGACGAGAAGGAAAGACACACUCAACUUGGAUGUUGAUGAUUUAAGUCUCAGGUCGAUGUCAGAAGGAGACAAUUCAGUUUUCUCUGAAGGAGGCACGACUCCCAUGGAUCCCAAUGCUGCUGCAGUAGGGGAUGAGAAACAAGAAGAUAAUGCGAGUGGCAAUGAGUCGGAAGAGGUGGACGAUAUAGAACUCAUAUUUACUACAGAUGAGUCGAAGGAUAUGAGUAAUUUGCAGGAGGACCUAGUCUCCAUUCGCGAGGGCGACCAAUGGGCUCCACAGUCCGCAUCAACAGCCCAAUCCACACCAGUCCUCAUAAAGUUCCACACACUAGACCCUGACUUCCAACCAGGGCCCGAAGCCAAGGACCCUUCAGAGAACCAGGAAAACACCGACCAGCCUCCACCAAUGGAGAUUUCGAAACAGAAAAGAGUAUCUUUGCCAAAUGACAAAGAAAUUCGCCAUGUUGCUUUUAAUGGGAAGGGGAGCCUAGACCUACCUGGUCGGAGUAUUUUGAAGAGUUGUGACAACAGGUCAGACAAUAUGCUGUAUAGGAAGAGCCCUAAUACGAGUACUAGGAGAUUAGACAGCAUUGAUAGUCUUACCUGUGAGUACAACAGGGGCUUGAGUUUUGACAAUACAAAGUCUUCGAGCUUCGAACUUGGUUCAAGCAUGGAUAUCCUACAUAGAGAAGAAAGUGUGGAUAGUUUCCACAGGAACAUACAUCUGGGACAUCGGUAUUCGGUUUUCGCGGAAACGGAUAUUUCGAAGUGCGGGACUUCUGAAGAUGAUUUGGCUGCGAAUUUGAAUGUUAGGAGGAAUACAUGUCCUAAUCCGUUUCAAUACAGGCCAUCAAACUACCGCGGCGUAUCCCGUCCGCCGGGCCCCUUCAAGGCCGGCUCAGCUCGCGUACGGCCGGUUCUACGCGACAGCGCGUAUGCUCGGCGCGACAGCGGAGCGCAGACUGACGUGUGCGCAUUGCCGCCGCGAUGGAGCUCCGAUGGAUAUCUUGCGCAUAAGAUCCCAGUGCCAACCAGCUCAGCGGCAACAGUAGCCCCGCGCGGUGCCUCCGGGCCGCGGCGCCUGACGGUGCCGGACGCGCGGCCGCCGCCCCCCGCGCGCCGCACCGACGAGACGCGCCGCGUGCUGCUCAGUGACAUCGGUAACUGUUACUGUACACUAGGCACCAGUGCAACCAGCUCAGCGGCAACAGUAGCCCCGCGCGGUGCCUCCGGGCCGCGGCGCCUGACGGUGCCGGACGCGCGGCCGCCGCCCCCCGCGCGCCGCACCGACGAGACGCGCCGCGUGCUGCUCAGUGACAUCGGAUUCACAUCGAUGGUGCCGGAGCUGUCUCGCUCGGCGGACCCGGUGUGGGCGCUGAGCAAGCGGCCCUCACACCCUGAUGAUUCUACCACCACUUCUACUUCCAAAUUCCUAUCUCGCGGCUCAUCGUAUCGGUCGCCUUGCCUCAGCAUAGACAGAAGCAACGACUGGACACCACAGCAUGUAUAUCUGCCUAGAGAUUCCAGCCGCCCUUGGCGCAGCUCAUUACCCGAUGUCCGUCGAGACGAUACUGACGAAUUGUUGGAGGAAGCGGAAAUAUUUGUCAGGCGAUCCAUUGACAACUUGCAGGCGCCUUCUAUUGACUUGGAGAAAUCAAUCGGCGUGACGGGCACCCCGUACAUCCCGGCGGAGCCUCGGCACCUGCGACUCGGACACACCGUCAAAGUCAUCACGCCGCAUGGACGCAUCGCUGUCGGACGCGUCAGAUACGUAGGCGUGGCGGGCGGCAGUGCAGCUACCAGCAGCGUGGUAGUAGGCACGGAAGUACUGCAUACUCAGCAGCCCGGCCUGCCGCGCAACGACGGGCUGCACCGCGGCCGCCGCUACUUCCUCGCGCCGCCGCUAUAUACUGCACUCUUCGUGCCAUUCUCUAAGGUCGUCAUGGCGUGGACGAAUUAACGGUAACAAAAAAAUUAAGUAUGUAUUUUAAAGGUCUAAGAGAGAGUGGGGGUCGGUUAAAACAGUAAUAAAAAGGCCUAAAAGAGAGGUGGGGGUCGGUUAAAACAAGGGUCAAUUGAAUCAUCUGUAAAAUGUACUGCACUCUUUGUAUAAUUCUCGAAAGUCGCCAUGGCGUGGACGAAUUAUCGGUAAAAAAAAUUAAGUAUGUAUUUUGAAGACCUAAAAUGAGGUGGUGGUCGGUUGAAACAACGGUCAAUUGAAUUAUGUUAACGUGACGGUAAGUUACGGUAUGGUAAUGUAAUCUGUUUUGAACGGCCUAAAAUAUUGAACUGAGGUAGGACGAAACAUUAAAAUGAUUCAACUGACCCUUGGAACAAACCAUCUUAUUGUUUCGUGUUUUUGAAAAUGCUGACCCCCUUGGAAUGUUAACCUACAAGUAUAGAUAACUAAUGUCAAUUUUUCGGAUGAGCGUACUUGUCGCCCUUAUUAAGUAACAGAAUGGCAAGUGCAAUUGAUUUUAUUUAGGAAUGUAUACCAUUGAAUAGGGAAAUAAAAGCAAUUGUGAAGGAAUAAAAUUGAGUACGUAAUUCGUGCACUAAAUGCUUAUUGGUUUCUUCGAUAAAAAUCUGCGGUGUUCGAAAUAUACAUACCCAGAGACAUUAAAAAAAAAUUACGGCCUAAACGCCUAUCUCAGGAAACCCAGUGUAAAAUAGACGUUGUAAAAGACUAUUUGAAUUUGGAAUGAUAUGAUAUGUGGCCUGUAUUGGGCAGUAGAUUGGAACAUUUUAAGGUUGGCUAAUAAGAAUAGGACAAAGUGAAAAAAAAAACCUUUGAAUGUAUGUACAGACGUCAGAACAUCAAGCUAUUGAAAUAUGUCAAAUAGCUUUGGGUUUUCAACAUUAUCUCUCUUCAGUAUAAGGUUCAAAGUUUAUUGGAGAAGCUUGAUAUACUGGCGUCUUUACAAUUUGGUUGGUUUUGAAGACUAUUGUGUCUAUGGCUAAGUUUGGUUUGGUUACGGAAGAUAGAAAAAGGAUUGAUUUGUCGAUAUAAUACAUGGAAGAGUGAGACAGAAAGACAUUUAUAAAGUGUAAUAAUUUAAAUUCCUUUAUGGGAUCUCAUUGAGAGAUAUAUCACGUAAUUAAAUGUGUUUUAAUAUUUUAACUAAAAUAAAAGUAUUAUUCAUAUUAGUCGAUGUUAUGAUGUUUUACUGUGAAACUCCUAAUAUAGGUUUACUGUAAAAAAAACUUGAUAUUGUGAUAAGCAUAUUUUUGUCGGAAAUAUACUUUUUAAAGGACAAGUCUCUCUCCUAAUGAAUAAAGUAUGCCUAAAUAUGAAUAAACGGUACAUUUAGAAUAGUCUAUGAGCAAACUAUAUUUCUGUCACAACUUCAAAAUAACAACAUAUAAAGCAUAGAUGGAAAUUGGAAAAAAUACCUUUGAUAUGGUCUAAGUGAUUUCUCGUAAUAUUGAACUACCUACAUUAAAGCAUUUUAAAUGUAUAGUAUAAUUUAAAUGGAAUUGAAUGUAAGCCUAAUUAUACUAAAUGGGGAAUAAUCUUCAGUAUAUGUAUAUUAUAUGUAACUGUAUAGAGCACAGUAGUUAUAUUGUAUGUAUGUAUAAAAUAUAUGUUUUAACUAUAUAAAUAUGUUAAUGGUACUACGUAUUUUGCGAGUGAAGCACUGCCGAUUUAGAGAAAUGAGGAUUUUGUACGGAAUGUGAAAUUGUCUAUGGUAGAUUGGCUAUGGCUUAGGUAGAACAGAAAUUGAAGGCAUUCUGUAGUGGGAAGUAUUGUGCAAGGAAUUUAGUCAUUUGCAGGUUAUAUUAAUAUUAUAGUUUUUGAUUUCUGUCAAUAAGAGUAUUUAAAAAUAUUAAAUAGCUAAAGUAUAUAGUUAAAGAGGGUUUUCUAAAAUGGCAAUCCACGAGGUGGCAGCACCGAGUCGUCAGGUCCAGAUAACUGUCAAAGUGCUUAUCUUUACUAUGAAUAGUGAACGAUUUUAGUGUUUUUUUUAUUUUAUAAUUAAAGCACUGCAUUAUUGUUUUACUAUUGUUGUUGAGUAAAUAAAAAAAACUAAAUCAUAUUGUGUUAACAAAUUUUUCAACAAGCUUUUCCUUAGUACCAGUGACUUUUGCACCCUCUCUCUUAGCUCAAUUUUUAGUUCGGAAACCUUAUUCUGACCGUAGUCCAUAAUAAAAUCAAUAACACUUCCAAUAUAACAGAAUUUCAAUAAACAAUAAGUUCGGCACUUACAAUUCCAUACUAUUUGACAGCUGUUUGGACCAGACGCAUACGUGGCGCCACCCGGUGGCAGAAAAAAUUUCAAAAACCCUCAAUGAACAGUCAAAGGUAAAUUAUAUGAAUUUUACGUCUGCUAUUCAUCAAAGUUUUCGAUUACCAAGUUAGCAUUCAGUAAGUUAUUGGCGGAAAUAUACAUACAUAGUUGCAAUAUGCACUCUAUAUUCAAGAACAUAAGACCUAAAAUGGAUUGUGUUCACUUUUCAAAUAGGCUAGUUAUAUGCAUUUAUAUGUGUAUUAAUAUAUGCCUAAAAUAAGGUUCAUGGGAAGAGUCGAAGGAGGUUAGAUCAUAGAAAAAAAACAAUUUAAAAAUUAAAUUAAUUAAACAUUACAUAAACAAAUUAAAAAUUAAUGUUUUUUGGUAGUUCUCUAAAUAAAUAUUACUGGUGUAUCUUGUCGUCAUGAAAUGAGACGGGAAUAAGUUAAUAGUAUAUGCUAAUAGUAAUAAUUUCCUCAUAUAAUAAGACUAAAUUAUUCAAUGGAUAAGUGUUCAACGUGUAACCGUUUGAGAGCCGAUUUUUCAAUCAUCAGUUAACUUCUAUUUGAGGAAUAAAAUGUGUUUGUGAUUUGUCAAUUUUUUUUAACCGACUUCCCAAAAGGAGGAGUUGGAACUACAGACCAAGGACAUUGGAUAGUUUUUUAUCCCAGUUCCUUAUCCUAUCCUACUAAUAUUAUAAACGCGAAAGUUUGUAUGUAUGGAUGUAUGGAUGUUUGUUACUCUUUCACGCAAAAACUACUGAAUGGAUUUUAAUGAAACUUUACAAUAAUAUAGCUUAUACAUCAGAAUAACACAUAGGCUACAAUUUGUAAACAUAUUGUUCGAAAUACUAAACCUGCGCAGACGAAGUCGCGGGCACCAGCUAGUUGAGCAUAAAAAUUAGCGCGCGGAUCAGAUUCUCAACGCGUUUGUUUUGUCAAUGUUGUCUCUUCGCUCGAUAGAUGGCGUUGGCGCGUUUAAAAUCGCGCUAUGGUUUCGUUACAAGACGUCACAUACAUACGGAGAAAUAUUCAGAAGCUAGUUAAUCCGGCUCGAAGGACCAUUGUUAUCUAAUUUAAGAAGAUAGAUAACAUACUUUUUGAAAACCGUACCCUUCGGUACGGUUGUGAUCUUAUUUAAAACUACCGCACCUGAUAUAUUUGUUCAUAAUUCGGAUAAAUCGAAAUCCAGCGACCGCCAGACCUACUUAUAUUAUAAAGGAAAAUAAUAAUGCUUCGGACAAACAAAUUAGUUUGCAGCGGUCUGUGGCCGACUAUUAUUCUAAUUAACCAGCGUUAUAAUUAAUUACCGACAAAAAACCCAAAACAUAAACGAAAAAAAUAACCAAUUUAACAACAUAUAAGAGCUUGUUCAAAUAACAUUUUCUCCUAUAAAAAAAUUGAUCUUCGAAUAACAGAACCAUACUUCCGAAUGGAAUACUGAACCUCCGACAAAAUUACAAAGUUACCGACAACAGAGGUUUUGUCAAAAUAAUAAAAUUUUUACAACUUGCAUGAACUGUUGUGAAUGUUUUAAUUUCUAUUGUUGGUUAUCAAACUCAUUUUGCAACUCUCAAUAAUGAUGAAAAUACCUCAACAGUUCGGGCCGCGGAUCCUGCACUUGCCCGCAGUUUUGUAAAAAAACACGUUUUUGUAUAGAAAAGCUGUCAAAACGUCAAAUUAUUGUUCAGAUAAAAGUUAUCUGGCGAUUGAAAAUCAGCCCUAAUUAUCUGUCGUUCUAUGCGGAAAGUCUAGAUAGAUAUUUUGUACAAUUGCUUUGUCUAACCUCCUAGGUAAUUUGUGCUAUGGCGGCCAUAAGGGCUUAAGGCCAAAAUGAAUAACUAUUCAUUUGAGUUAUGCACUUAACUAAAGAUAAACUAAAUAUUCAAGAUUGCCAUUGAUUCAAGUGACUACUCAAAUGCAAGAGUUUUUGAAGUCAAAAACCAAAAUGGGCGUUCCCGGUUGGCAGCUAAAACACUUGAAUUUCUCUUUCCUUCAUAUUCGUGUAUUAAUAUAAAGGUAAUAGGGAUGUAAGAACCGUAUUUAUUUAUUUAUUAAUAAUAAAUAUAAAUAAAAUAUAUUAAACCGUUUAGAUAAUUGUGUUAACUGUGUAGAUAAAAAAACAUGGCCUAGUGGCGAAGUAAUUCAUAUAAAAAAUAUUUAGUGAAAUUUAAGCAAUUAAUGUGUAUGGCUAAACAUUGCUCAUACUUCUACAAUGGUGCUCUAUUUCUUUGUCUUUUCUAUACAGGGUGUUAUGAAAACGGAACAUUUUAUUUUUUUUAUUUUCUACUCAAACUUGCUAGUAUUUAUUUUUGAAUAAUUAUUUUCUGUUAGCAUAACACUCCGUAUCUACAUAGUUGCUUACUAAUAUGUUAUUAAACGCUUAGUUCGGGAAUAUUCAGUAGAAUUUGUUAACAAUUUAUUUACGCAUAUUUUUAUAAAUACUUAUUUUUCUAUGCUAUUCUACAAUUUUAUACUGUCUAAGGAAAGAUGCGAACAGUGAAUUAUUACUUUCGGAUGUACGGUCAGGGAAGAAAGUCUUUUAAAUUUUAACAAAAUAAUUAAUUUCUAUGACAAUUUAUUAAAUCCAAAAUAAUAGAUUAACUUCCUUGACAGUACCUGGCCUGCUAUUGCAUAUCAAAACAAAUUGUAGUAUAUUAUAUUUUCUUAUCUCUGCGACAAUCGUCUAUGAACUUUAAAUAUUUUAGUAAGCUUAGCUUAGCCGUUUCGAAUGUGUAUUUGAUGUAUAGUGUAACAAUAUACUGUAUUUGUAAUAUAUAUGAUGUCAACUGUUUAGCUCACUACUGUGGUUCUAAAGAUAUGUGUACCAGUUUAUAAAGGAGUAUGUGUAAAUUUCUAAAAAGGAUUAAUUUUGGACAUGUCACUUUCGUGU